AUGCCUUCAACGUUCGUGAGACUGUGUUUCGGCCUUUUCGUCGCCGGCUUCUGCGCCGCGGCUCCGCCACGGGUCUCUGAUACCAGCAGGCCGACCAGGAACAAACUGCUGCUCAUCUCCUUCGAUGGAUUCCGCUGGGACUACGACAGAGAUGUGGAGACCCCCUGCCUGGAUAAGAUGGCUCUGGAUGGAGUGAAGGCCGCUUAUGUCACCCCACCCUUCAUCACCAUCACGAGUCCUGCUCACUUCAGCAUGCUAACAGGUCGUUAUGUCGAGAACCACGGGGUGAUACACAACAUGUGGUUCAACACCACGACGCAGGAAAGGAAGCAGUACUACGAUGCUCAGUUCGUGGAUUCCUUCUGGGACAACGGAAGUUUACCCGUCUGGAUAACAGCACAGAGACAGGGUCUCCAAACCGGCUCUUUACAUUUUCCUGGCACAGCUGCCACCUACAGAGGAGAAGUCAUCCAUGAAAAACAAGUAGAACCUCGUAACUACAACCAUUCUAAUGAGACGGACUGGAAGAUAAACAUAGACAAAGUGAUUGGCGACUGGUUCCUGAAAAAAGACCUGGAUUUUGUCUCCUUAUACUUCGGGGAGCCAGAUUUGAUAGGGCACAAAUACGGACCCGAUUCACCGCAACGCAGAGCGAUGGUUCAGCAGGUGGAUCGCACGGUGGGCUACCUCCGAGACAAGAUCCGAGAGUGUGGCCUGACCGAGCGCCUGAACGUCAUCAUCACCGCGGACCAUGGGAUGACCGAAAUCCUUCGAGGUGGGGCAGUCCAGGAGAUAAUCCUCGCGAAGAUUCCCGGGCUCAACUUCAAGGACAUCCAGUUCCAGCUGCUGGACUACGGCCCACUUGGGAUGCUGCUCCCGAAAGAAGGAAAGUUAGAGAAGGUGUACAAGGCUCUGAAAGGAAGUCACCCACACCUCCACGUGUAUAAGAAGGAGGACGUGCCAACCAGACUGCACUACAGCACCCACUCCCGACUGCUGCCUCUUAUCCUUAUGGCUGAUCCAGGAUACAUCGUUAAUGGGUUGUGGACUUUUAACUUCAACAAAGGAGACCACGGCUUUGACAAUGAAAACAUGGAGAUGAAAGCCUUCUUUAGGGCGGUGGGCCCUGACUUCCAGAGGAACCUGACGGUGGAGCCCUUUAACCUGAUUGACGUGUACCCGUUGAUGUGUCACCUCCUGGGGAUAACGCCAGAGGUCAAUGACGGACUCCUGGAGAGCACAAAACACAUGCUGAUCCAAGACAAGCCCGUUGUCGAGACAGGUGCAGACAACACACGGGCGGUGUGGAUCGCACUCGCAGCUGUCAUCGGAUGUCUGGUCGUGGUGUUUGUUAUCGCUGUUUCAUACAGUGUGUGGAAGAGGAGCAAAGCCUGAGAUGGAAAUAAUCGCCCGGAAGAUGUUGUUUUUCUGAAAGGUUAAACCAAAGUUGAAUGAAAGACUUUAUAAAAGCUAAAAGGUGAAGUCAAUUAAAACUGUUUUUCCACAAUUUUAUCAUUUAGUCUUGACUGACUUGUUGAUAUGCAUAUCAUUAAUCCUUUUGCUCAUGCUGUUUGUUGGU